AUGGCGGCGGCGGUUUGGCUGCUGCUUCUGGCGUCGUUCACCCAAGCAGACUUUGGAGAUACGGUGGAUCCGACGUUUAAUUGUCCCGCUUUGACGACGUGUGCUCAAGUCUGUGUGGCUACGGUCGACGAUUGUCCAUCCGAAAUGGCAUGUCCCAAUUUCAACGAGACGCUCUGUGCCGAUGGCAGUUGUGCUUCUGUCUGUGAUGAUGACGAAGAACUGGAAACGCCCUGUGCCUUUGACUGUGCACCUGUGGCGUGUCAUCGCAUUGACGAUACAUUUGAUCAAUGCCAAGAGAAGUACGGACACUUGUACGACAAUGAAACCAACUGUGGCGAAUUGGAAUCGCUCUACGAGACGGAAUUGCUGACAUUCACGGAACCCGCCUAUAUAGUAGGAUAUGUCUGGGCGUCGGCCGUGACGCUAUUUAUGCUCCUCUGGUGCGCCGUCAAUCAACGACUACUUCCAGUACAAGGAUCCACGCAAACACUCCAAGUGGAUGCCAAAGUCACCAAUACCAAUACGGACACAACCUGUACACAAACUGGAUACAAGAUUCAUCCCAUUGGAUUGCUGCUCUUUGUGCUGGUCUGUCUCACUUUUUGGGGAUGGUCCGCCUGUAUGAUCUUCUUGACACUCCAAUAUUACAAGUGGAACGAACAGUGGCAAGUGGACGGAUUGAAAUUGCAUUUUGAAGAUGAAGAACAACUCUUGAAAACAUUCAUUAUCGUUUGGGGGGUCGGAUUCGCCUGGUGUUUUGCCCUCAAAUGGCCCUACAGUAUUAGUUCUCUCUUUUUGCGUCGUUGCAACCUCCGAGAUGCCACUCAUGUGGCCGUCUUUUUGAAACAAAAACAAGAAAUGAAAGAAACGGCACAACUCACCAGUACCUGGAGCAAAAUCAAGAAGGGAUUUGAAACAUUGUUUGCCGGUAUCAAUUCGGCCAUGGCAUUUGUCUUUUCCGACGUCGAUGCUCCCUUGCGCAACCAGGGCAUUUAUCAAUAUUGCAAAGUGCAAAAGGAUCCCACCACGGGAACCCGCUCCUUUGUCUUUUUGUUACGACGCUACAAUUUGGUGGAUCGCAAGGAUGCAACAACCAUGGACAAGACGGAAGAGGAGGAAGAAGAAACAGAAGAUGCUGAAAAUGCCAACACCCAAACCAGUCAAAACGAAAUGAUCUUUUUGCCCGGUUCUUGGACAGUCGGAGAGACCCUGGGGGACAUUGCCCGCAAGGGAGACACCGAAUCAGGCUUGUCGGAGGAUCAAGUCGCGGAACGAUACCAAGUGAUUGGACGAAAUAUUAUUGAAAUGGAACAACCAUCGUUUUGGAAAGUCUUGGGCGAAGAAUUCAACAAACCAUUCUACACGUACCAGCUCUACAUGGUAUGGACAUGGUUCCCACUCUAUUACUUUUACAUGGCCAUGGUGAUUGCAUUCACCAUUACUAUCAGUGCCAUUACCGUUUCCAUAUUUCACUACCGCAAUCUCUGCAAUCUCUACAAAAUUACCCACGUCGAAGGCAAGGCCACGGUGCUGCGCAAUGGAGCAUGGACGCAAGUCGAUCAAACCAGUCUUGUGCCCGGGGAUAUCGUCAAGGUGACACCCGGUGUGACCUACUGUGACAUGGUGUUGCUGUCGGGAAAUGAUACCUUGUUGGAUGAGAGUGCCCUGACGGGUGAGGCCACGCCCAUGGUCAAGACACCGUUGGAUACCUCGGAACCAAAGACUGCAUAUGCUCCGGGAACGCACAAACGACACACCAUUUCCGCUGGAACCACUGUGCUGGAAGCAGAAGAAGCAAAGGCCAUUGUCAUGAAGACGGCGUCCUACACGGCCAAGGGAGAACUGCUGCGCGAGAUUUUCUCCUUUCGUCGUCAUGGAUUCAAGUUUGAUCAGGAAGUCUACAUUGUCAUGGGAAUUCUCAUUCUGUAUGCGAUUGUGGGAUUCUGUAUUGUGAUUGCUCUCGUGGGCGAUGAGGGAGCGGUGGUUGGUUUCUUUUAUGGAAUUUACGUGGUUGCAUCCGCCAUCCCUCCCUUGCUCCCCACCACAUUCACCGUGUCCGUCGGAGUCUCUGAUCUGCGACUGGCAAAGAAAAGAAUUGCUUGUGCCAAUUCCGAGAGCAUUUUGAUCGCCGGGAAGGUAUCUCUGUGUUUCUUUGAUAAAACAGGCACGAUUACCAAGCAGGGACUGGACUUUCAAUCGGCAAAACCUGCCGACAACUGGCAAACCGACACCUUGACCACGGCCAUGUCUUGCUGUCAUUCCGUGGCACGAACCAAGGGGGGGCAACUGAUUGGAAAUCCCGUCGACAAGACCAUGUUUUUGUCCAGUGGUGCAUCGUUUCGUGAAGGAGAGGGAUCCUCACCCGUCAUUAUGGACAAAACCGGAGGCGAACUGGAAAUCGUUCGACAUUUUGAUUUUGACCAUCAUCGAAUGACCCAAAGCGUCAUUGUCAAGCUCCCAGAUGGCACGUUUGUGGCCUUUGUCAAGGGAAGUGGGGAAAGUGUUUCCAAGAUUUGUCAGGCAACAAGCCUUCCCUCCGACUUCCACUCCAGCUUGCGUCAAAGCGCUUCCGAAGGAGUCUACCAGAUUUCGGUGGCUACCAAACCCAUUGAUGCAGCCACGGUGGCCUCGAUCGUUCGCGAUGAUGUAGAGAAAGAUUGUACCUACCUUGGCGUCAUCAACUUUUUGAAUACCAUCCGAGAGGAAACUCCUGAUGUCAUUCGUCAGCUGAGCGAUGGUAGCGUGGAAUCUACUGUUGUGACAGGCGACAACACUCUCGUGGGUAUCAGGGUAGCGCGCGAAGCAGGCAUAAUGUCGCGGGCCAAAAAGGUUGUCCUUGGUACAAUCAAUACAGAAGGCGCUGACGGCGAGAUUGUGUGGACAGAUGAGACUGGAAUGGCUUCAACGAUGCCUUCUAGAGAGCGCCUGGAAACCAAUGACAUUGAAAUUGCUCUCUCGGGCUCCGCAUGGUUGGCUCUCCUCAGGACGGAUCCCAAGCUUGCAAAGUACAUGGCCCCGUUCGUUCGUGUGUUUGGACGCUGCACCCCCCACGACAAAGUUUCUGUGGUGGAUACAUUUGUGGAGUUGGGUUUCAUCACUUGCAUGGUUGGUGAUGGUGGCAACGACUGCGGUGCCCUCAAGGCUGCACACGUAGGAGUAGCCCUCAGCGACGCCGAAGCAAGCAUUUGCUCGCCCUUCACUUCUAUGGAUCGUUCCAUCACGUCUGUUGUGGAGGUUUUGAAGGAGGGUCGUUGCGCUCUGGCUUCUGCCUUUGCGGUGUACAAAUUCAUCAUCAUGUAUGGUCAAAUCACAACGAUGAACCAGAUUAUGAAUGCUUAUUUCCAGAUCACCUUUGCCGAAUGGAAUUGGGUGUGGAUUGAUGGAGUCUGGCCCAUUACGUUGGCUUACACUCUUCCCCUUGCGCGAGCAGCUAAGAGCCUUGCAAAGACACGCCCCACAGCUUCCAUUUUGGGUCUGCAAACCGUCAUGUCCGUGUUUUUCAUGAUUACUUUCCACUUCAUCUUUACUGUCAUUGCCCUUGCUGUGCUCUUUCAGCAAGACUGGUUCCAGUGCCGUCAGUGGGUGCCAACCGACUUGCUGAACGCCCUUGUGAUUGGAGACAACUACGAGACUCAAGUGAUCUUUUUGGUUACUGGGGCACAGUACAUCUCUUCUGCGAUUGCACUGAACUUUGGCUAUGAAUUCAGGGCUGGUUGGUUCCGAAACUAUGUCUUUGUCCUCCUUGUCAUUGCGUGUUGUUUCAUUCACACGUACAUUAUAUUUGUGCCGUCCAAGCUCUCCUGCUUCUGGCGCGUCAACUGCGUGAAUGAAAACGUCGUUGGUGGGGUGACUGGCGGCUUUGCUGUCAUCCCCAUCCAAAACAGCUUCAAUACAACAAUGAUGCCGGAUGACUUUCAAUGGAAGAUAUAUGUCAUUAUUGCGGCGAACACAGUGGCCGUUUCCGCGUUCGAAUACUUUGGUAUCAAUGGCAUCCGUCGCUACUUUGCUGCCAAGAGACUGGCCGCGGAGGAAGAAGAAGCACAGUCCACGAAGACGAGUGGUGUCUACUCUCGGGAACUCUCAGCAUAG